GCCACACUUCUGAAGCUCUUAUACACCUUUCUAUUCUCUAUCCACCACGCCAGAAUGUUGAGACUCCCCCAGAAAUCCGUGUAUGCGGCGGUAAAGUCUUCUGUGCUGAAGAGAGGUCUUCAUAAUGGGAAACACCCCUUUUGGAAUCGUUUUGGAGCUGUUAAAUCCGAUCACCUUCCAACUUUCCAACCAAAUAUUUAUCGUCAAUUCACCCCCAAUGUUUGGAAAAGAUUCACUUCAACUACAAACAAGAAGGUAGAACCACCUAAAUCAACCACUAAAGCCAACACCAAACUAUUUGGUCAAGAUGUUUCAACGUCAGAAAUCUCGAUGCUUAAAUCACUUCUUACCACUCUUUGGCCUAAGGAUAAACCAUCCUUUAGGUUUAGAGUAGUGUUAGCCCUUUCCUUAUUGAUUGGGUCAAAAAUUCUUAAUGUCCAAGUCCCAUUUUUCUUCAAAUCAAUUAUUGAUGAAAUGAACGUUGAUUGGGCCACACAACUCGGUACCGUGGGUACAGUUAUGGGAUCGCUUAUUUUAGCCUAUGGUGGGGCUAGAUUUGGGGCAGUAUUGUUUGGAGAAUUAAGAAAUGCCAUUUUUGCCUCGGUGGCACAAUCUGCCAUUAGAAGAGUUGCCCAUGGAACUUUCCAACAUUUACUCAAUAUGGAUUUAAAUUUCCACCUUUCUAGACAAACUGGUGGGAUUACAAGAGCCAUUGAAAGAGGUACAAAGGGUAUUUCAUAUGUAUUAAGUGCAAUGGUAUUCCAUAUCAUACCGAUUAGUUUUGAAAUUGCCAUGGUUUGUAGUAUUUUAACUUACAACUAUGGAUUCCAAUUUGCAGCAGUAACCUUUGGAACAAUGGCUGCUUAUUCCAUUUUCACCAUUAAAACCACUGCUUGGAGAACUAAAUUUAGACGUCAAGCAAACAAUGCUGAUAAUGAAGCGGCCAACGUUGCAUUGGAUUCAUUAAUCAACUUUGAAUCAGUGAAAUAUUUUAAUAAUGAACAAUUCCAAGCAACGAAAUAUAAUGCAGCCUUAACUAAUUAUCAAAAUGCAUCAAUUAAAGUUGCCACAUCAUUAGCUUAUUUGAAUUCAGGACAAAAUUUGAUCUUUUCAUCAGCUUUGACCGCCAUGAUGUAUAUGGGAUGCCAAGGAGUUGCCUCUGGUAAUCUCACUGUGGGGGACUUGGUUUUAAUUAAUCAAUUGGUAUUCCAAUUAUCAGUACCAUUGAACUUUUUGGGUUCAGUUUAUAGAGAGUUAAAACAAUCCUUACUUGAUAUGGAGAAUUUAUUUCAAUUACAAAAUCAUGAAAUUAAAAUUAAAGAUAUUCAAGGAGCUAAACCAUUAAAACUUAUUCAAAAUGGAGAAAUUAGAUUUGAAAAUGUUACAUUUGGUUAUCAUCCAGAUAGACCUAUUUUAUCAAAUGUUUCAUUUACAAUUCCUGCUGGGCAGAAAGUUGCAAUUGUUGGACCAUCAGGAUCAGGUAAAUCUACCAUACUUAGACUUAUCUUUAGAUUUUAUGAUGUUGAAAAGGGAAAGAUUUAUAUUGAUGGACAAGAUAUUUCACAAGUUACUCUUGAAUCUUUACGUAAGGCCAUUGGUAUUGUACCACAAGAGACUCCGUUGUUUAAUGAGAGUAUAUUAGAGAACAUUCGAUAUGGACGAUUAGAUGCUACAGAUGAAGAAAUUAAGGACACCAUCGAACAAGUCAAGUUGGGUCAAUUGAUAAAAGAUUUACCAGAUGGUGCUAAUACGAUAGUUGGAGAACGAGGAAUGAUGAUUUCUGGAGGUGAAAAGCAAAGACUUGCCAUGGCAAGAUUACUUUUGAAAAGAGCACCAAUUACAUUUUUCGAUGAAGCAACGUCUGCACUUGAUACACACACAGAACAAUCAUUAUUGAAAACAAUCAAGACAAUUUUCAAAGAGGAUUCAAAUACAAAUAUAUCAAUUGCCCAUAGAUUGAGAACAAUUGCUGAUUCAGAUAAAAUUAUUGUUCUUGAAAAGGGACAUGUUAAGGAAGAAGGGACCCAUAAUGAACUUCUUGCUGAUGAAAAUAGUUUGUAUUCAGAAUUGUGGAACAUUCAAGAAAGAUACGAAAAGGAAGAAGAAGAGGAGCCUGUGAACUAGAUAUUAUUUAUAAAGAAAUACCA